AAUGGUGUCAGAUAUGAAUCGAGCAAGAUCGGUUCUUAGUUUUGGAAUCUUUAGCAACCAAAAAGAAGAAGUGGUAGACGCAACUGAGGGCAAAGAUGAACUGGCGGGAAGUUUAGAAAAUAACUACUCUGGUGCAGUUAAGGAACCUGUUGAAGUUGACCUCUUAGAACUACGAAACAUUCGCGAUAAACUUGAGUUGUUGCAAGUUGAGAACGAUAGAAUUUCAAAGGAAACCUUUCUCCAAGUAGUUUUAGACGCUACUGAACACGAUAAAAAGGAUGCCGAGAGUUUUUUUGAAUUGUUGGAUGUGAGUAACGUUGGAAGCAUUUCCUUGCAAAGGUUUAUAUCAGGCUAUUCUCUUUUUUGUCAUGUUAGUACAAGUGAAAGAGUUCGUUAUCUGUUUUACAUGUUUGACGAAGAUGUUGAUGGUGUGCUCAAGCUCUCUGACUUGGAAGAACUUGAACAAUUUAUUCACAAGUAUAUUAUGGCCCGAGGAUACUCCAUAAAUAACAAAGCAGAUUUAGUAUCGGACAUAUUGCAUGCAAGUCUUCCACAGAAACCCGAUUCAGACAACUCGAAGGAACAAGGAGUUUCUUUUGAAAACUUCCAGGAACUAUCGGAAAGCUCGGCUUUUCUCAUUUCAUUUCUGAAGUACUUGGAAGAAAUGGUCGGUCCUAUCAACGGAACUUUAAGAGAGACAAAAGAAGGAGAUUUACUGGCAGUGGAAUUAGAGAGAAUGUCAACAAGUGCUUCUACUAACUGGACAAAUAGGGAAUUAUCUUCCCAAGAUAAGAGCAGAGGAACAAAACCUUCUAUCAGAAGAACGAAGAGAGAUAAUUUCUCGUCUCCUUUUGCCAUAGAUUAUGAGAGUCUAACCUUUGUCUGCAAAAUCGGCAAUGGGAGCUUUGCAGAAGUUUGGGCAGGUCAAUGGUUGCAUAUGCCCGUUGCUAUAAAAGUUUUCCGCUCUGUUGAAUAUGAUGAAGCGGAUACGAAUGCAAAUGAAUUGAGAAUGAAGAAUUUUCUUACUGAGGUAGAAACUUUGAGCCAACUGCGCCACCCAAAUGUGUUGUUAUAUAUGGGGGCUUGUGUAGAUCCCGAGAAACCACUUUGUAUAGUUUCUGAACUUUUUAAUGGUGGAAGCGUAUAUGACUACUUACAUGGAUUAUAUGCAAAACCUUUUUCGUUGGCCCAAGCUACUCAUGUUGCAUUAGGUGUUGCUCGUGGUAUGCAUUAUUUACAUUCUUCUAUUCCUAUUGUACUUCAUCGUGACCUGAAAUCCAGCAAUGUUCUUAUCGAUAAACACGUCAAUCAUGUCGUCAUUUGUGACUUUGGUCUUAGUAUUUUGGCAGAUAAUCGUUCCCAAUCCACAAGGAAGAAAUCAAGCAAGAAUUCUAUUGGAACUCCAUAUACUAUGGCUCCUGAAGUUAUGUUCGGUGAAACUUAUCGUUCCUAUUCAGAUGUUUAUUCUUUCAGUAUUUUACUGUGGGAAAUAUUCACUGGUCGCCAGCCAUUCAGUGGUCUGAAGCCCAUUCAGAUGAUGUUUCAGGUAUCAGAAGGAAAGCGGCCUCCACUUGUUGUUCAAGGAGAAGAGUUUUGUGAGUCUCCAGAGAAUCUAGACUCUAUUCCUGAUGCGCAAUUGCUUGUUCCCCGAAGUAUUGCCAAGUUGAUUCAGAGAGGUUGGAAUACGGAACCUGAAAAGCGACCAGCAUUUGAGGACAUUUUAUUGGAGUUGGAACAAUUUCAAGCAGAAAUCUCUUCUCAAGAUGAAAGCAAUUUUUCUAUUAUCAAUCAGAAAGAUGCAAGUCAAUUUGGUUUCCAUAAUCGAAGCGAAGAAGUUCUUCAGUUGCAGCGAUGUAUGACUCUAAUGAAUGCAGUAGCCAAAAACGAUACUUCGACAGUGGAACAACAUUUAGCAAUGUAUCCGCAAGAUAUCAGUUUUGCUGAUUAUGACCAACGUACUCCACUGCACAUUGCAGCUUCAGAGGGUCAUAUUGAUAUGGUUCGAUUGUUAUUGAAAAAUGGUGCCAAUGCAUUUGUUUCAGAUCGUUGGCAACGGAGUCCUUUAGAUGAUGCGGUUUCUAAUAAGCACGAUAAGGUUGUGGAGUUAUUUAACAAUGUCUUCAAUCUGAAGAAAGAGAUUUGGGCCAAGCAACAGACUGUUGCAACUUCCGUCAUUUGUUUGGAGUUGAUGGAUGCUGUAUUUGGAGGAGAUGUGGAAAGAGUUGCAUUGUUAUUGGAAGCUGGUGCUCCAGUCAAUUAUUCUGAUUAUGAUCGACGUACUCCCCUCCACGUUGCAGCUUCAGAAGGACAUGUUGAAGUUGUUCGUCUUUUGCUCAAGUACGGAGCCAAUACAAACAAAGUAGAUCGGUGGGGUUCUACUCCACUAGAUGAUGCUAAAAGAGGAAACUUUGAAGAUUGUGUCCUAAUCUUGAAAAGUGCUUCCCCUCUCGGAUAGUGGGAAUAGUUGAUGUCUCGAGUUUGAAAGAUAUGGGGAUUCGAUCUUCUCUACAGAUACGCAAAUAGACACACACACUCAUAUAUAUAUAUAUAUAUAUAAACACAUAUAUAAUUAUAUAUAUCUUGAAAAAGACAGUUAUCAACCGUAUAUAAUAAAACAGCACUUGUUCAU